CUCCGUCGCGCCUAUACGUCAUCACCCCGCGCAUGCGCACUCGGUUUGUUGUCGUGUUCUCCUCGCUAGGCCCGAAGCCUCGGACUAAAUUAGAAACGGGAGCCGCCGUAUGCUGCGCCGCGAUGGAGGCCAUGGAAACGGACAUCGACUCUGAGCUGAUGCAGAAAUUUAGCUGCAUGGGGACGACCGAUAAAGACAUCCUGAUAACCGAGUUCCAGAGACUGCUCGGGUUCCAGCUCAAUCCCGCUGGAUGUGCUUUUUUCCUGGACAUGACUAACUGGAACCUACAGGCGGCGAUCGGAGCGUAUUAUGACUUCGAGAGCCCCAGCGGCUCGGCUCCGUCCAUGUCGUUUGUGAAAGACGUGACUAUCGGAGAAGGAGAGUCGAUUCCACCAGAUACUCCUUUUAUUAAGACGUGGAGGAUACAGAACACGGGUUCAGAGGCAUGGCCUCCAGGUGUGUGUCUGAGGUACACUGGUGGAGAUCAGUUUGGUCACGUGAACUUCGUGAUGGUCCGCUCUUUGGGUCCUCAGGAGAUUCACGAUGUGAGUGUACAGAUGCGCAGUCCUUGUGCUCCCGGCAUGUACCAGGGCCAGUGGAGGAUGUGCACCGCUCCCGGACUCUUCUACGGAGAUGUGAUCUGGGUGAUCCUGAGCGUGGAGGUCGGAGGUCUCCUGGGCGUCACCCAGCAGCUGUCCUCCUUCCAAGCCGAGUUUAACACACAGCCUCACCGCAGCGUGCACGACGACUACAACCCCUUCGCCUCACCCCACAACGCCACGCAGGGCGACGGCAGCCUUACAGACUCGACGCCAACGCAACACACCGCUCUGUCAAACAGCUCCGUAACCACAGCAACAAACAACCUGCAAAACACCAUACCAGCCACGUACGAUCAGCCGUACGGACCUCACCCGUUUGGACAGUCGUAAAUAAAAACAAACGCUAUAUUUAUUCAUAAGGAAUGUAAACGUGGCCUUGACUUAUGUGGAUUAACCAGAGGGUGGGGCUAAAUACAGCAGACCCCGCCCCCUUCUGGAUAUCAUCAUGAUUGUAAUCAGGAGUGUAUGAAUGCUAAUUUAAGAAGAAUGCUUGCUGAAUAUUUUAAAGAAAGACAUUUUAUGGAUUCUUAUUAUUAAUGAUGGAUUUAGAAACGUGACGAUCGCAGACGCAGCGAAGGCUUGAGCGCGUGAUGGACCCGAGUGGCCAUCACGUAAACGUUUAAAGUGCACUGAAGAUCAUUUCAGCCAUACGUUACUGCAUAACUACAAAAGAUUUACUUUUUUUUGUGUAUAAAGAUGAGAGAAACGUGCCACUGAGGAACAAGCCAUGUGAUUUAAAUUAGUUCGUGACAUUUACAGAGGGAUAUUUUGAUUAAAAAACCCCCAGAAAAUCUGACGGCUCAAACAGAACUGCUCUAUUAUCCGUCUUCCAUCUUUUCUUCCUUUUCCACUUACAGCAUUUGUUUUCUUUAAUUCUUGUUAAAUCGACUUGUAGUUUUAUUUAUGAUCUGAUGUUUGCUGGACGCAUGUUGAAUCUUGUAAUGUAGUUGACUGUGUUACUGAAGCAGGAGACUUUCAGCUCACAGGAAAUAAAGAGUUUUAUUAGUUUAUACGACACUGGGGUAAAGCAAGGCACUGCUACAGUAUAUAAAGCUUUUAAAAUAAAAAUGUUCAUCUAUAGCACCUUCAGUUCAGUGCAGUACUGUGUGAAAGUCACGAGAAGAAACUCUGUGCCAUUGAAAAGAAUGAAAUGAACUGUUUCUACAAAUACAAAUCGACCCUAAAUAUCAGUACAAAUCUCAUUUGAAUUCUGUUAUAGGUUUCCUGAUUAUGAAACCUAUAAUAAACCUAGUCAUGAAAAUAAAUCAGUGACACUUUGCCUUUAAAGCUGUAUCGGUUCUCUGGUGUUCUCCAUCGUACCGUUUUAUACCGAAAUCAGAUGUAUGCUCUUCUUGAGUCUUGAAGAAUGUUUCAUUCCCAAUUACUGAAUUUCUUUCACCACAAACAGACAUGUUUUCAGUGUAGUAUUUCGUUUGUGAAUUGUCUGGAACUCGGUUUCCAGAAUGUUCUGUUUUCUAUGCACACGGCAAUGCCGAAGACAUAAAACAAACAAACAAACAAAAAACACAAUAAUUGAUAUAUUUUAAAUAAUAAUUAGGGUGCCAAGAGUUUUGCACAGUACUGUAUAUAUAGCGAGAGAGGGUUGUUUAUUUUCAUCUGGAUAAAACUAUUAGGAACAUAAAAGCUGUAAGUUUGGACAACUCUAAAACUGUCUUCUCAUCAUGAGGAACUUCCUGCUUGUGCUUUUGGAUGUUUGAGCUUUUCGAGAGUAGAGAUAUUUUCACAAGGGACAGCUGACAUCAUCACCAUCCUCACCAUCAUCACCAUCAUCACCACCAUCAUCACCAUCCUCAUCACCACCAUCAUCAUCAUCAUGACCACCAUCAUCAUCACCAUCCUCACCAUCAUCACCAUCCUCUCCAUCAUCACCAUCCUCAUCACCACCAUCCUCAUCACCAUCCUCACCAUCCUCACCAUCAUCACCAUCACUGUGAUCAGUUUAUCAGAAAUAAAAAGGGAAUAAAUGAAAGCCGAGUGUGUCGGAUCCAGUGUGUGAGCUGUCAGUAGGGGGCAGUAUCACUCUGUCACGUAGAAUAAAGCACACAGCGAGCAGCAGUGAGGAAGUGGAGUUACUGUUCCCAUCCUGAUGUCCCCAAUUGCUUUACUCCACUUACACCACAGUGACUUACUUAUUCAUUAAAGAAUGACAGGCCAUGCUUCUUUAUCCAUUUAUAGUUACAUUUACUUCCUGCUGUCAUGUACGGUAUAGCAGCUAUAAACACUCGUUCCCUCACCAGCCCUCUCUUUAUUCCCUCUCUUUAUUCCCUCUCUUUAUUCUCUCUCUCUUUACUCUCUCUCUUUAUUCUCUCUUUACUCUCUCUCUUUAUUCUCUCUUUAUUCCCUCUCUUUAUUCUCUAUUCUCUCUUUAUUCUCUCUCUCUUUACUCUCUCUCUUUAUUCUCUCUUUACUCUCUCUCUUUAUUCUCUCUUUAUUCCCUC